GUACUUGAUUACGGCGGUGCACAUCUGAAAAAAGUCUGAAAAUGCUUCGAUUCUUGGCUUCUUGUACUUUGAUUUUUUCGAUUACUCUGGUUUCGGCGAGAUCAUCUCGGUUCACGAGGCAGGCCGAUGAGACUCUCACCGACUCCGAAGGAUCUGGUCUUCAAUUUAUAAAUUUCGAUGAGGGAUCAGCAUCAAAUCCAAUAAUUGCAAGAGAUCAGGAAGGAUCCGGACAGAUGUAUGACGAAGAAGGUUCUGGAAAUACUCUUCUUUUUGAUUCUGAAACUCCAAUUCAAGUGAUGAAUGUUACUGGAACAGAAGCCGAACCUACAGAUUCAAAAGUUUUCAAUCAAUCAAUUAAUAUCACCGAUAGUGACGUGGAAACCCUGGUGAUCAAAGUGCACUUGCCGCAAAAAACUACGAGCCAGCUGCUCGACGAUCUCAAAGACGAUACUGCUCAGCAGACGAACCCAAUCAACACAUUGGACACAGCCGUCUCUCUGACCAGUAUGCUCAACGAACUUCUUGGAAAAAUUCAGGAUGCCACUACACAAUAAAACCUAUCAAAAAAAAUUAUUUUCACUCAUUGAAAAUUUGAAAUCUCAAUCAAUGGUGCUCCUUUUUUCAAGAAAAUAUCAUCCGAAACCACAAAAAACUGUACGUAUUAUGUCGGCUUUCUUGCCAUUUUUUAAAAAAUAAUUUGUGAAUUUUCCAAAUUUCAAAUAAACAUUUAUUUGUUUAA